UCGUCGUUGACCUGGUGUCGGUUUCAUGAAGCCGCCAAUCAAGUCUCAAUCCGACAUGACGGGCACGAUCGCAGAGUCGCCGCGGUCGUUUGCGCUGAGCACGAUGCCCACCAUGGCCUUGCGCAAGCUGCAUGCGAUGCGGGACCUCGCCAAGCUCCCAUUCACAGUCGAACCAUCCUGUUCGCCGCUCCAUGCAGCGGUACUCCACGGGCACGUCGACCACGUCAUCCGGUACAUUGCCUCAGCACCCUUGCUUGUGCACGCCGUCGAUCGUCACGGCAACACCCCAUUGCACCAUGCAUGUGUUAUUGGCCAGCAUGAGAUUGCACGGCUUUUGGUGGAGGGAGGGGGUGACGUGGACGCCCGAAACGCCACGGGCCACACACCCCUGCACAAGGCAGCGCUUGGUGGACACAUGGCAUGUGUAGCCCUGCUCAUCGAGUCGCACGCCAACGUCUUGCGGAAAAACGAGAAAGGGCAAUAUGCGUCGGAUUUGGCUGGGUGGCGCAUGCAUACGGACGUGACGAAGUACCUCCGGGACUUGGAUCUGAAAGCGAUCCUCCAGAUCCUGCCAGACGAACAAGGCAACACACGUCUGCAUUAUGCCGCAGCGUGCAACAAACUGAAUGCCGUGAUCUCAAUUCUGCAAGACCGCAUGCAGAAUGACGUGGACGUUCGCAACAAAGCUGGGGAAACCCCCCUUCAUGCGGCUGCAAGGGAAGGGCAUUACGACAUUAUUGAAGCUUUGGUAGCAAGGGGGGCCAACCCUUGCGCCGUUACUUUGAGUGGAGAAUGUGCUGUGACCUUGGCUGGGGGGCACCAUAUUCGAGUGCGCAACGGUCUCUUGCGUCUUGAACGAACGUAUUUGACGGAUCAAUUCGAUCAAGAAGAGAAUGGAAACUCGGCGCUUCAUGUUGCAUGCGCUCUAGGCCGCGUCUCUCUCGUCAAGGAACUCCUCGAUUCUAAUGACGACUUGGACUGCAUUAAUCAUGAUGGAAAUACUCCGUUGCAUGUGGCAGUGGCACACGACCGAGUGGACGUGGUCACCUUCUUGCUGGCCAAUGCACCAAUGAUCGACGUCACUGUCAGAAACAACGUUGGCCAAAGCGCUGCCGACUUAGGCUCGAGUAGCCCUUCGUUGCGGUGGUCAUUGCUCCGUGCAGAAGCGGAGGUCGUGGCUCGGUAUUGUGUGGACUCCGUCGUCGAAAGCUGGGACCGCCAAAUGUUGUGAGAGACCGCAUGAGCCAGGACAACUCAACCUCCUGUUUCGUCGUCCAGUUGUGACAAUGUCAGGAUUGACGACAUGAUCUUUUUACCGGUAACGUAAUGACGACUCUAGAAGAGUUCAGGAGCAUCAGCUUAAUGUGUACGUUCAUAUUCCGA